AACAUGUCACGAGUUUCGCAAUGGCACAAAUUCACUUCUCACAAAUCGGCUAUCAAGAGCGAUUUGCUUCCUGAGAUCCUCGCUCUCGUUGAUAAGCGAGCGCUAGCACCCAUAUUAGCUAAGCCGUCUGUUAGCAACGCAUCGCGAACGCACACAUCCACUAAUGUAUCGUCGCUCAAUGCCACAAAUACAUCCAGAACGACUAAAACAGCUUCCGCUCGCCGUACAUUUACUAACUCAACGGAGCUCACUGCUGAUAUCCAAGCUGCGAACGAUACCAACACUGUGGAAGAUUCUGACAACUGUAACCACUACAAUCAUCGUACUAAGCCGACUAGUGAUGUUAGUGCUGGAAACUACUGAACAAAUACACAAGCAUCUUCUGAUCCUGUUUUGAACCAAAACACCACCAACACGGGCAUAGCCGAGAAAGUAUGGUUAUACUUCACGAACAUCAAAUCGCAUGUCUCCGCUGAUGAUAUGCGUGUGUGGCUUAAAGCUGUGCUACCAACGGACGAUAUUAAUGUUUACCGUCUCACGAAAAAGGGUGUGAACCUGGACUCGAUGUCCUUCAUAUCGUUCAAAGUGAGUGUUCCUAAAUCUCUUAAGGAGCUUGCGCUGCAGUCUACUAUUUGGCCAGUUUCACUUACUGUUCGGGAGUUUGUUGCUCGGGGCCUACCAAAGCAACGUGUACAUGAAAGGGCUCGAUUUGACCCUUCUGAGCUUAUUUCGCAUCGUACAAAUAGUGAAAAUUGCUCUUCAGCUGUGCCAAAAACUACCACUCAUCCGGAUCAUUUUUUGGAACAUCGAUCGCCACCCCCACAGCGCGGGAUUCUAUCACCAUCCCAGAUGACCGAGAUCCUAGAGGCUAUUCAACUGGAGUUUCCUCCCACACCGCCUCAGUUAUCACCGGGGGUGGGGCUUCAAUCACAAUCCAAUCUCAGCAACAAGAACCGCUCACCACAGAUCAGCCCGUUUGCCAAACGGAUAGCUCACAAUUAAUAGACCCAUUCGUGAUAUAUUACCAAAAUGUUCGAGGCCUUCGCACCAAAUACAAUGAAUUGCGCCUUUCUGCGAAUGAAUCAGGGUUUGAAAUGCUUGCCCUUACUGAAACC